GGGGGGGGUCGGCAAAGCCAACCGAGACGCCCAAGUUCCCCUCGUCCUCUCAACCCAGACCCACGCCCACGAUGAACCGCUUCGUCACAGAGGUCAGGACAAAGUUCAACCCGUUCUCGCCCAGCGCGAGGCCGGCGCGGCUGUUUCUGGCAUACCUCCCGCCCGACGCCCGCGCCUCGGGCAUGAACAUCACCACCACUCUGCUGCCCAAGACCUCGACAGAGCCGCCAUUGCUGCAGGUCAAGUUCAAGGACGGCAAGGAGAUGAACCUCGAAAGCGAAAAGCUCGGCAUAAAGGGAAUCCUCGAAGAAAUCGACAGGCAUUGCAGAGUACUGCAGAAGCAGGCCGACCUAAGUGAUUAAGGGUUUUGUGAAGGGAAGCGGGACCGCCGUGAGGCCACUUUCAAGUCUGGGCGUCUUGUGAUGAGACAGAUAUAUCAACACUUUGCCGCACGAGCAACCUUGGAGAGGCUGGUCAGCUGUGCAAAGCAGCAACGUAUCACCCAUGCAACAAAACGCGGCAUGAGCUUUGAGGGUUUUCACGGCCUUGUACAGUAGCCACGUAUGAUACCCACGCCACAAUGACAAACGGGACGCAGACAUGAGAUGAGAUGAACCUGACAGUCUUGAAAGAGCCCAAGCCAACAAGCAAUCAUCCAUAGUGCUUUUCUUUAUUUCCUUUGGGUUCUGGUUGCUCUAUCUUCACGACCUAGACGUUUGCGCCUCAAGAAAUCGACAUGAUCA